GAGCUGGAGGUCAACAUGCGCAAUCCCGACUACAAACUCGUGUUCAUUUCACUCUGCAUUUUACACCUCUUUACCCUCUGUGAAGCGCGCCCCUUGCAGAAAAAGGACAGUAGUGAGGUCCAGCUCAUGCACAACUUGGGAGCGAAGCAGGUGCAGGAACGUCAGGUGUGGCUGCAGAUGAAACUCCAGGGAAUCUACGUCCCCCCGACAUGGGGCAGCAGCGGGGAGACCGGCCGAACGAGGAGGAGACUGCGUCCCGAGGAGCUGCCAGACCUCAGCGACAUGACACCGGAGGAGAUCCAGUAG